UUGGCCAAUCGCCCCAGCGGGCAUAAAGUGGCUGCCAGCCCGCAGGACUCCCAGCUUGGAGGUAUCACCCCCAGCAGGCACAGGCCGGAGCGCAGGCACCCAGCAUGCGGGCACAACUCACAUGGAGGACGCUGCUCAGUCUGGUCCUCGGACUCCUGCUCCUGAGCCCAGCAGUGGAGGCGGCAGUGGCCAUGUGCAGAUGCUCCAACUCUUACACACAGCUCCUCGGCCAGCUCCGGAGCCAGGCGAACCUCAUGAAGGACACCAGCUGCCUCCUGGAGCCCUUUAUCCGCCUCCAAGGCCUGGACACACCUGUCCUGAGAGAGUCCUGCAUGAAAUGUUCCAGGGCCUUCCCCAGUGAGGACACCCUGCGGGGGCUGAGCAGGCAUGGCUUUCUGCAGACUGUCAGUGCCACCCUGAACGGCAUCCUGCACAGACUGGCUGCUUUACAGCAGCAUCUCUUGAAGGGCAAGAACAUGCCAGAGAUGCAGGUGGCCACGAGGAACAUCCAGGGCGUCAGGAACAACAUCUACUGCAUGUCAGAGCUGCUCACCAACUGCUCAGAGACGCCAGAGCCCCUGCUGCCUGGCCCACGGGCCACACUGAUGCCCUCUACCCUGAACUUCUUCAAAUCCAAGCUGGAGGGCUGCCAGUUCCUGUGUGGCUACCACCGCUUCAUGGGCUCUGUGGGGCAGGUCUUUGGGGAGUGGGGGAACAGCCUGAGUCGUAACCGGAGACACAGCCCCCGCCAGGCCCUGCAUAAGGGGGCCCGCAGGGCCAGGCCCUCCAGAAGGGUCAAGAGGCCUGUGCCCAGGGGGCAGCUGUUCCGGUAGUGAGAGCUGCAGCCCCUGCAGGUGAAGAACCCAGCAGGUGCUCUAUGGAUGUGAGGAGCUGUUGCAAGAUGCUGAGCUCCCUCCUGGGUUUCCAAAUCUGCUCCCUCCGUCCCCCACCACUCAGAAGUGCACUUUAAAAAAUGGAGCUGCUCGGGCCCUUUCUACCUCUGCUGGGCUUAGGGGAGAGCCAGGCUGCAGUGCUCCCAGCCUGAGUUUCCCAGUCCUGGUGGGGUGGCCAGGUCAGGCCAUGAGGGGCCGACUUUCCAUUGAUUCAGGGGUCUGAUGACAUAAGCUGACUCAUGGCUGGGCUGACUGCCCCCUCAGACUCCCCGGAGGCCCUUCCCUCUCAUGACUUGUGGGGCUCUUGCCCCCAGACUUCCUCCUUUCUGUGGUGGCAGGGUUCCAAGGGGCGGUCAGGGCCUGAGCUGGCCUCCCUCCUAUGCCUCAUCACUAUUCAGGCUAGACACCUGGAUAUCAGAGUGACCUCACUUUAGGCAGCUAUGGCAGGGGCAGUGUGCCCUAGAAGGAGCACUGAUCUGCAGGUCUAGGGGAAUGAGGCUCAGAUCCCAACUCCAUCCUUCAUUCACUAAGUGACCUCAGGCAGAUCACUUUACCUCUCUGGACCUCAGUUUUUUCUUUGGGAAGCCAGGAAUUUGGACACUGCGUUAAGGUUCCCUUUGCCUGGCAGUUUCUGGGACUCCGUGAUAUAAGAUGGACAUCAAAUUCUCCGAAAAUGAGGACACAUGGUGCAAAUAGCCUUGGGGUGGACUCAUGCUGAAUUUUCUCUGUAGGAGGCCUCCCAGCCCCCAGAAUGUGCCGGUCUUGAUUCUGCACAGUUGGCUGCUCCCUCUGGUGGCGAAUCAUGGAAUUUUCUCAGGUUGAAACCACAGCCUUGGAAGAGGGUCCCAGAAGCCCCUGGGUCAAUUCUUUGGAUGGCGUGACUAAUUUAUUGAUUUUUUUUUUAUCAGUUUGUAAUCAGGUUCAUA